AUGGCGUCUCACGAUCACCACCACUCCCACUCCCACUCCCGCGACCACGACCACCACCAUCCCCACGGGGACGGCGGUGACCAUGCAGCGGGGGGAUCGUGGGUAGGGGAGGACGGCCGCGUGUGGCACUCCCACGACGGCCUAGCGCCCCACUCCCACGAGCCCAUCUACUCCCCCGGCGACUUCACCAAGCGCGCGCCGCCGCUCACCUCGCGCAACUUCGCUGACCGCGCCUUCACCGUCGGCAUUGGCGGCCCCGUCGGCACCGGGAAAACUGCCCUGAUGUUAGCAUUAUGCAGAUUCCUACGCGACAAGUAUAGUCUUGCAGCUGUCACAAAUGAUAUAUUCACAAAAGAAGAUGGAGAAUUCUUAAUCAAACAUGGAGCUCUGCCUGAAGAGCGCAUACGUGCAAUAGAAACUGGAGGUUGCCCUCAUGCGGCUAUUCGUGAAGAUAUCAGCAUAAAUCUUGGUCCUCUUGAGGAGCUAUCGAACUUGUACAAAGCUGAUUUGCUACUCUGUGAAUCUGGGGGAGAUAACUUGGCAGCUAACUUCAGCAGAGAAUUAGCAGACUACAUAAUCUACAUUAUUGAUGUCUCUGGUGGGGACAAGAUACCAAGAAAAGGUGGCCCUGGUAUAACACAGGCUGAUCUUUUGGUAAUAAACAAGACAGAUCUAGCACCUGCUGUUGGAGCUGAUCUGGCUGUAAUGGAACGAGACGCCCUUCGCAUGCGGGAAGGAGGGCCCUUUGUGUUUGCGCAGGUGAAACAUGGAGUGGGCGUGGAGGAGAUCGUGAAUCAGAUUUUGCAGGCUUGGGAAAUUGCGACUGAUUUGGAUGUGGAUCUGGUUGACUCGGCAAUUCCACAUGCAUAG